AUAAUAAAAAUUUAUUAAAAACAAAACGUAAUCAUAUAAAAAAUAUAAAUUUUUCUUCUUUUAUUUUAAAAAAAUAAUAAAAUGUCCUCAAACGAAAACCAAUCUGAACAAGAAAAAGCUUAAGUCUUACAAGGAACUAAGCCUGUCUACUAAUACCCUGCUUAUACUAGCUAAUACGUCUAAUAAUAGCCUUUGAUUUAAUCUUAAUUGGUUACUCAACCCGUAUAAUAUGUUUAGCAACCAGUUUAAUAUGUCUAAUAAACUGUUUAAGGAGUUCAUUAAUCUGCCCUUUCUCAAUCCCAAGCUGUUGCUUCUGGCCUUGUUGCAACCUAAAUUCAAAGAGAAGUUGUCAAGGGUGAAUCCAGAAUUGAAUACAUUCCUUAUGAAAAAUCUGUGAUCGAAUAUGAAGCCGUUCAAAGAGUUGAUUACGUUCCCAAGGAAAAGAAAAUCACUGAUUACUACGCCGUUGAAUAUUAAACUGAGUACCUUCCUCAAGUUUACUAAGACAGAUAUAUUGAAUACAUUCCCACUGAAAGAAUCUAAGAAAGAGUUGAAUAUCAAGCAAUUCAAAAGCAAAUAGUUCACCAACCUGUUUAACAAUAAUAAUAAGUUCUUUAAACCGUUGUCCAACCUGCUACCACCUACCUCUAAUCUUCUCAAGUCACUGUCCCUGUAGUAUAAUAACAAUUCGUUCCUACUGCUUCUGUUGUCCACACUACUAUCCCUGCCACUCAAGUCGUCCAAGGUGCUACUCAUGUUGUCCAAGGAGCUUCUACUGUUGUUUAAAACGUUCCAACUGCAUAGUUUGUUUAAACUGUCCCCACUGCCUUCUCAACUCAAACCUUAGGUGUCCCCGUUGUUCGUGCUGGUUUGACUACCUCUGGUGUUAGAACCUUAGGACCUGUUCCUUACUCAGUUGUAGAAGAAGCUAUUAAGAAAAGCUAAAAGAAGGACGAAUGA